AUGGCAGAAACUGGUAGCCCUCAGUUUGUGGUGGCAAGGUCUGCCAUCUCUGGCACCUCAGGUCUCUUGUGUCUAUUGGCAGCUCUAACUUUGGCAUUGGCUCGUGCUCGAUCUUUGGUGGUGGCUCCAAGCUCGGGUUUUAGACGAGAAAUCUCUAACUAUAGGUGGUCCAUCAAAUGGAUUUUGUGCAUUCAGUUUGUUGGAGUGGUGAUUGGAACCAUUGCUCCUCUAUUCAGAUGGUUUGUUGCUUCGUGGUUCAAGAUUUCGGAGAUGGAGCGCAAGAGUUUUGGAGAUGAGAUAAAGAUUGAGGAGUAUUGGACUUCGAGGCUGGUGGAGUGGAGAGGCAGAUCACUUCCUUUUCAAGUUCAAAACCGUGUGUGGAAGAAGCUGCUUCGUGAUGCAGUAAGAUUGCUUGUGAAUUUCUGCAUUGGAGUUCAGAUUAUCUUUGUUUCUGCUGGCAAAAUAGUUCUGUUCCUCUCUGCUAGAUUUGGGAAAGCAAUUUUCCUAUGUUUCUGCAAGAAUUUGAGGCCUCAUUCAAUGAGGGAAUCUGAAUCAAGAGAUGGAGCAGAAGUGGAUUUUAGCAACUAUGUUCUUCUACUUGAAGGUGAGCGACAGUUGCCUGAUCAAAUCCUCAAGAACAUCUGCAACGAGGUGGAUAGGCUUAUGCAGAUAGGUGAAAACAAGCAGCCCAAGAAUCUGAUCCGACUUCUGAAGAAAUCUGCCAACUUCAAUGGGGUGGGACAGUUUGACAGCAGCCAGGUUCCGAGCUUGCAUUCUCAAGAACCUCCCAAUUGCUGGUCUCUGCCCCUGGUGACUUUGACAACCAUUUCAUUUGCACUUGCCAAUGUUGCAGAUGAGGAGGCUAGCCAAUUAUUGGCUAGUGUUAGUGAGGGCUUGUCGAUUGUGAAGCUCAUUGAGAAAACUUUAGACAAAAACGGAGAGUUAGAAAGCAUCAGAAAAGCAGCAGAUGUGGUUUGGGUUGGAGUUGAAGUAUACAGAAAAUGGGAUUACAAAGAUCUUGAGAGCACGAGCUUGAGAGGCACAACGCACAAGAAAACACUGCAAAACCUCUCCCACAUUGCAGAAAAGAUUGUGACAGAUUUCAUGGCUCAAACGGAAGAUGUUUUGAUGCAGAACCCUCUAAACUGGCCUGUUAGAGCCAUUGCUGCUAACUCAAUGUAUAGGAUUGCUCAGACAAUCUUGGUCGAGAUGAAAGAUGGCAAAGACCGAAGUGAUAAUGAGCUUUUUGAGAGUAUAUCCAUCACCAUCUCAGAUAUACUAGCAGCUUGCCUCACCAAUCUAGUGCGAGUCAUUAAAUUGAAGUGUCACAGAAACAACGUCAAAGAAAGGCAAGAAAGUGUGAGGCGAGCAGCAAUUCUUCUUGGUGAGAGUAAAGAGAUUCUUGAAAUUCUGCAGGAGCGUGAGCUUCCGAGUUCUGAUAUGGAGAAAGUUGCUAAUAUUGAUGAGUGGAGGGCAUUCAUAGCGCUGGAUUUUUAA